CUACUGAAUAAUAACUUCACACGCCAAAUAACACUGCACUCUGGGUUUUAAAUCUCCUUUUUUUAUAUCGAUUUGUUUGAUUUCCAGUGUUUGAUAAUCAGGAUUACUGCACUUGUAACACCGUAAGUUUGGUUAGCAACCCAGAACACCAGAAAAUCUGUACCUAAAGCAGGGGAAACGAGUGUCAAACGGACGGGAAAUGCCGACAGCCUUGGACCAAAGGCCGGAUGAAAUAGGGUUCCCCCAUCUCCAGUCAUUCAACCCGAACCCGAAAACUCUAACGUGGGAGCGUCUGGAGAACAAACGCCUGAGCAAACUUGGACUGGGAUCCAAGCGAUAUUCUCGCCAUUUUCAGCGAUUUCAGAAGGAAUCCACCACCAUGUCGGAUCCGCUCCCCGGGCCAAUAAUAAAAGAAGGAGGGCAGAGCUAUGUUAUCAUCGGGGGAGAGAAAGUGAAAAUGAACUCGAUUGCCCCCUUUUACACGGAGGAGAAGCCUACGUGUGGAUAUUUCUUCAGUCGCCAAACUAACAAUAAGAAGAAGAAGUUCGGUAUUCCCCCCAGUGAUCUUGUUAAGUGGAGGUCAUUUGUGCAGUAAUUGGAUCCGCUCCCUGAGAAAAUAUAAAAACUAAACAAAAAUGAUUAUUAGAACAUAAUUCUUGCUUCUUAUCUAUGCGGAUUAUUCCUAUUUUUAGAGCAGAUUUUAUUUAUUUUCCUAGGAGUGCAUUCUUUGUGAAUACCUGGUUCAUUUUGCUUUAUUUUUUUUUUCUUGAUGUGUGGAAAUACAAAACUUGUUGAAACAAAUGUGCACACUAUUUUGAAAGGAGCUGCUCAAGUGAGAUUCUGAAUGUUAAUUAGUGCUUGUUCCUCAGAAAAGUAUUGAUUGGAGUUUAAAGCGAAAGUAUUAAAUCUAAUUUUGUGUGUUUUAUAACGUGUUUCCAAUUUCUUGUUAUUGGCCAUUGAUUAUCUAACAGUAUUACAAUUUUUGCUCGAAACUUGCAUUUGUUUUUGUUUUUGUUUACAAAUUCUAUUUAUAUACUAACCAUGUUAUUUGUUUAUAUUGUCAGUAUUACCCCACGCGUGCUUCUAUGUACACCCUUUUGCCAUUUUUUACACCCUUUUUUCAUGUUUAUAAAAUUAUUUUAUACUGUAUUGCAAAGUAUUAUUAUAAACACCCUAUUUUCUGUGAUAUAGUUGUACAUAUUAAUGAUUUGACUGAAUUUCACCUCAAAGCUUAAAUAGUCAGAGUGUAUUUUUUUUUUAUUAUCAUAGCAAACAUCUAUGUUUCUGAAGAAUGUUUAAAGCAAUAAAAU